UCUCACCACAUCUACAACCCAUCUCCCUCUCUCACAUUGUCAUCCUCAUCCUCAACAUCAUCACCAUGUCCGAACCCCGCAAAACCCUCCACCUCACAGCCUUCAUGCGGCCCGUGAGCCUCCACACCGGCGCCUGGCGAUACCCCGACUCCUACGCAGACGCCAAUUUCAACCUCACGCACCUCAAAUCCUUCAUCACCCAACUCGAAUCCGCCAAAUUCGACGCCUUCUUCAUGGCCGACCACCUCGCCGUUCUCAACAUGCCCACCGAGGCCCUCAAACGCAGCCACACCAUCACCUCCUUCGAGCCCUUCACUCUCCUCAGCGCCCUCUCAGCCAUCACCACCAAGAUCGGCCUCGCCGCCACCGCCUCCACCACCUACGAAACCCCCUACCACAUCGCCCGUCGCUUCGCCUCCCUCGACCACCUCAGCAACGGCCGCGCAGCCUGGAACAUUGUCACGACCGCAAACCCCGAAUCAGCCAAGAACUUCAACCUCGACUCCCACCUCGAGCACAGCUCCCGCUAUAAACGGGCCCGCGAAUUCUACGACGUCGUCACCGGCCUCUGGGACAGUUUCGCCGACGACGCAUUCCUCCGCGACAAGGAAAGCGGGAUCUUCUUCAACCCCGAUAAAAUGCACGUGCUGGAUCACGUUGGCGAGGAUUUCAAAGUCCGGGGUCCGUUGAAUAUCGCUCGUCCCGUACAGGGCUGGCCGGUAAUUAUCCAAGCGGGGCAGUCCGAACCGGGGAGACAGUUGGCUGCGGAGACGGCGGAGGCGGUAUUUUGUUCGCCGAGGGAUAUUGCCUCCGCGAAGGAACUGUACGCGGAUAUUAAGGGACGGGCGGUGGCUGCGGGGCGGAAGAGAGAUCAUAUUAAGAUUUUGCCCGCGGCGUUUAUUGUCAUUGGGGAUACGGUCCAAGAGGCGCAGGAGAAGAGAUUACGGUUGGAUUCGCUGGUGCAUUAUGAUAGUGCGAUUGCGUCGUUGUCGGUGGUGUUGGGGACGGACACGGCAGGGUUGGAUCCCGAUGCACCUCUCCCGGAGGAUCUGCCGGAGACGAAUGCGAGUAAGACGGGGAGAGAGGGGGCAGUUAAGCUUGGGAAGGAGGAGGGACUCACGGUUAGGCAGCUGGCGCAGAGGUAUGGUGGGUAUUCUGGGUUGGCGUUUGUGGGGACCUCUGAGUCGAUCGCGGAUGAGGUAGAGCAGUGGUUGGACCAGGAGGCGGCAGAUGGGUUUACAGUCGUGUUUCCAUUCCUGCCGCAGGGAUUGGAGGAUGUCACGCGCCGGUUGGUGCCGGAGUUGCAGCGGAGAGGUAUCUUUCGGAGUGAGUAUGAGGGGAGUACGUUGCGGGAGCAUUUGGGGUUGCCGCGGCCGGAAAAUCGGUUCUUUGCGUAGUGGAGAUGUUUGUCGACUAGGCUUGGCUGAUUGAGAUGAAGAGGCAUGUGUGUAAAGUACUGC